AGAAAGCGCUGACAGAAUAAAUCUUUGUAUUAAAAUGUAUGAUUUUCUAACAAUUCACCAUGAAUGCAAACAAAAAUGAAGAAAAACAAUUACCAGAUGGUUGGGUGCUGUGUUCGUCUAAAUCAAAUCCAGGUAGAAAGUAUUAUUUCAACAAGAAAACGGGAAAAUCUUCGUGGACUCAACCUCAGGCUGAUGACAAAUCGGGUCAAAAUAAGCCAAAAAUUAAGAAAACUAAGAGUGGGCAUGUAGAUAAAACUAAGAAGGAGGAUUUAUGUAAGAAACAGCUUAAGAGGAAAAGUGAUGGUCAAGGACAUAGUUCCCCACAGAAAAAGAAACAGAAAAAUGUUUCAGAUAAUCCCACACAUGCAAAAUCCAAUGUGCCCUCACCUGAGAAACAAACUCCUUCAAAAUAUGUAGAUCCACAUAAAAAAGAGAGUCCUCACAGUGCUUCAAAGACUUAUUCAGCUAAUGCAAGACUGUCACAGCUGCGAGCACAGCUGGAGGCUGAUUGUAAUAAAAAUGAUACAUCACAGGAAAAAUCACCUUCUAAAAGUCUAAAAAGAAGUCCCACACACAUAGAUUAUUAUAGUAAAAUCCCUAGAUUAGAAUUGAAAAGUCCAAACUUAAAUGAAUCUAAAUGUUCUACAACCACUCAAUCACCCAGUAGUGACAGUUUACAAUCCAUCCCAUCACCCUCACAGUUCCUUGCAGCUAAUAAGAUUAUAUCCUCUAUGAAGGCUCAAUUGCCAGAAGAGUACUCUGAUAAAGUGAGACAAAAAAGCACAUUUGCUGAUAUAGAAGAAGGUAUAAACAAACAAACACCCGAAUAUCCAUUCAUGAAGCAUCCAGCAACACCGCCACAGUUUUCAGAAGCUAGUAAAUUGAUGUCUGCUAUAAAAUCAAAGCUUUCUUAUAAAGGAUCUGUAAAUGAUACUCCUGUCAAAUCAUUUAGAUCAGCAAAAGAUCGUAUGGAAGCAUUAAGAACAAGAUUAAGUGAUGAAGCUUCUACAGAAUCACAUUCUUUUUUAUGUAAUACUGAUGAUAAUAAUAUGAUGAAAAAAGACAAAAUUGAGGCAAUGGAUGUUGAUUUUCAAAAACAGAUAAUUCAAAGGUCACCUUCAAUACAAUGUGUAAAAGAGACAGUGGCUUCAAUAGAUUAUAAUCAACAAUUAGUUUUAGUAGUUGAUACGAAUAUCUUCAUACACGAGCUUGAUGUUAUCAAAGAUGUAUUGAAUUCACAUAUAAAAGGAUAUAGUGAACAACCAAACCUGUUGGUUCCUUGGAGGGUUAUCAACGAGCUCGACAGGCUAAAAGACAAUAACAAUGGUAAUGGGGCUAUAUGUAAGAGAGCAAAAGCUGCAAUGGAUUACUUGUACAAAUCCUUGCCAGAAAACACGCGCAUCAAAGGUAUUUCCCUUAAUAUACUACCUCUCGAGAAGUUAGCACUAUGGUCCGCAAUUGCAAAUACAACCCAAUUGUCUAGUUGGUGACCACGAAUUUAUUAUUUUAAGCUCCACUGUGCUUCGGAAAACAUUAGAAGCCAUUAUUCCGGGUGGCCUAAUAGUCUAAAAAUCAAAUCUUUCACAAAUCACUUUGAAUGUGACAUUUGAAAGACAUUCGCGAACUUCACGCUACAAUUAUUUGACACGAGAAAGAGUUGCGACCGCGACAUUUUUCGAAAGAUAUUGAAUGAAUAAUAAGAUUCGUUUGUCGUAAAUCGGAAUUGUCUAAGCAAAUUGACGGUUACAAAUAACUUUGAAAGCUAUUGGAUAAUUUCAACAAUAUUUUAAAAUUACAGUUUACUGGUAUAUAUCUUGGUAAAAGUUUAUUAUAUUUAGAUUUUAAAUUUAAAUUCGACGUCAAAACUAUCAUCCAUUAAAGUUUUAACGUAACUGUAUUGAUAAUGAUAUUAUUUAAUAUCGCCAAAAAUCGCUAUUAUGUAAUUUGGCUUUUAUUAACUGCCAGAUCUAUUACUCGUACGAAUUAAUAAGGCCUAUUAUAUUUCUCGGCAAAAUAAAUUUUGUAAAUACACAUAUAAAUAUGACUCUUAAGUUUCUUUAGAAACGCAUUUUUUGAUAAUUUAUGAUGCAUUGGAAGUAGGAUCUGACAAUGCCUUCGAUGUACAGAUAAUCUUCACAGAUAUGAUUAUCACAAAAUUAUAUUUCCGAUUCGAAUUUUUCUCAAUUUUCGUUGGAAGACAAUUAGAAUUGACCCCCAGGUGUCAUGUAAUUAAUACGAGUUGUAUGUAAUAAUGCACCUUUGUCAUUUGAUUUUGUUUAAUGAUAGGGCAAUCAUUACGAGACGCCAACUCACACAUUUACCCGUGCGAGUUGCCAGACGAUGAAAUACUAAAUUGCUGUCUGCAGCAAUCUGAGAGAGGGAAAUCUGUGGUGAGUAACCGAUUAAUGCGCAGUUUUGUGAUUAUUAAGUACAUAUCGCUGACGAUAUAUCGCUACCUCCGGAGAAUAAUAUGAUAACUGCAAAAACCAAAAUGUUCAGGAAAAAUAAAAAACCGAUUUUGUUUAAUAACUCCUUUGUUUGAAAUGCUAUCCCGAAGAAUGAUAUAUCAAAUGAAAGCUAAUUUUUUUGCGCAACGAUGUGAAUUAUGUUUCGUGGAAAAGCACUGACAAGAAUCGAAAUAAUCGCAAAAAUAAAUAUUAGCAAAAAUCACUCCUAAAAUGUUUUAAAAUAAUACGCUAUUGUCAUGUUAUUUUAGUAAAAUCACACCUAAAAUGUUUUACAAUAAUAAACUAUUGUCAUGUUAUUCUGGUAAAAUAACCUGAGAGAGAGUAUGUGCUAAUAGUCGAUAAGAAUAUUAUUCAGGGUAAUUUUAAAUAAAUAUCCAGGUCUAAUAAUAAUCUUUUAAUGAACAU